UUGAGGCAUAUACUUGCUUAUAUAAGAAUAGAAAAGGCAUAUAGUUCAAGUGUUCUUUGUUCAUUCUGCACGGGUAGCAUGGAGUCUGUCUAUUUAAGUGGAAGUAUCUGGCAGAAGCAAGUUUACUGCAUUUUUAUGUGUAGCAUGUGCGUGUGCAAGGAUGAAUGCUUUUAUGCAUGUGGGUGUUCUGGAUAUUUAAUGAUAAAUGGUCUUGCUAGAGUCAGGUGUUUCUGCCACCCAAAUACUCACAGCAUACUUCAGUGCAAAAAUACUUUCAUGCAGGAGGGCAAGCCACGGGAAGACACAGCGCAGGGCCGGGUGUGUUGGUAA